AUUAAGUUCAACAGUGGUUUUGUAAACCUGCAGUGCUGUUUGGAUAAACAAUAUGGCAGAAACAUCUGAAAAAGACGAGAAGACCAAAGAAGAACUUGAACCCGACAUUACCAUCGAGUAUGACGUCCAGUCAACCAUUAUAUACGGCAUUGGGGACUCCCCGCCAAUAUACCUGACAAUGUUCUUUGCAACGCAGCAAGCCCUUAGUUCUCUGGCCGGAUGCAUUAUUCUUCCGUUACUGGUGGCAGAGGCCGCUUGUGCCUUGAACAGCGGAAUUUUCAUUCGGAAGCUCGCUUCAACGACCUUGUUCCUUUCCGGGUUUACAACUGUUCUACAGGUGACCAUCGGAAUCCGCUUGCCCUUAUAUCAGGGACCCUCGAGUUCAUACGCUGUCCCUCUUAUUGCCCUAAACAAAAUGGACUCGGCAAGAUGUGACUACCACCAGUUUUAUGGUAUCAACAGCAGCGCAGAUAUGAACAUGACAACUGAGUCUGCAUUGCAGGAACAACUGAUUGAAGUCCGAGUCCGUGAGAUGAUGGGGCCUCUUAUUUUGGCGGGACUAUUACACGCCCUGAUUGGUGCGACAGGACUUGUGGGCGUGUUGUUGAGGUUUAUUGGGCCAAUCACUAUCGUUCCCACCAUCCUUCUGAUCGGUAUCUACAUUGUCAAGCCCGUGAUGAAAUAUACAGAGUCACAUUGGGGCAUUUCGGCAUUGGUGUGGGUGGUGAGUCUGAUAUUGUCCCUGUAUCUCGGUCAUCGCCCAAUGCCGAUCCCAGUGUGGACACCAAAGAAGGGAUUCCGGGUGGUUAGAUAUCCAUUGCAUCAAAUGUUCUCAAUUCUGAUCUCAAUUCUGAUUGGUUGGUCAGUAUGCGGGAUAAUGACGUAUGCUGGUGCAUUUUCCUCCGAUCCAAAUAGUCUCUCUUACAAGGCGAGAACGGACGCCCGUGCUGACGUCAUUAGGGACACUGGCUGGUUCUACAUGCCCUAUCCUGGUCAAUUUGGAUCACCACUUUACAGUCUGAGCGUGACAGUUGGUUUUCUCAUUGCAACAUUGACGUCAAUUCUCGACUCAAUAGGAGACUAUUAUGCCACUGCCGCCAUGUGCCGCGUCCCUCCGCCACCGAAGCACGGCGUGAACCGUGGAAUUGCGGUAGAGGGACUGUGUAGUGCUAUAUCCGGGGCGUUUGGAGCUGGUCACGCAACUACAACAUACGGCGGCAAUAUUGGAGCUAUAGGAAUGACAAAGGUUGCGAGUCGGCAAGUAUUUCUAAUCAUGGGCCUUAUCUACAUGGUGCUUGGAGUUCUUGCGAAGGUCUCAGCAGUGUUUAUCAGCAUCCCGUACCCUGUGCUAGGGGGCAGCACCAUCACACUGAUUGGCGUGUUUGUCGGUGUGAACCUUUCAAAUCUGAGAGUUAUCGACCUUGCAUCUACACGAAAUUUGUCCAUCAUGGGCACAGCGGUGUUUGUUGGGCUGCUUGUACCGACUUGGAUGGAGAAAAAUUCAAAAACUAUUAAAACUGGAAGUGACAGUUUCGAUCAAAUUAUAACGAUGCUUCUUGGAAACCCAAACUUUUUCGGAGGUUUUCUUGCCUGUCUCCUUGACAACACCGUUCCAGGUACCGAAGAAGAACGUGGUAUUCUGGCCUGGAAGCACCCUGAAUUAACAGACUGUGCAACUAACUAUCUUGAGGGAGAUGAAGUGUACGACCUUCCCCUACCAGAUCGACUUAAGAAUUCAAGUCUCCUGAAAUAUAUACCCCUUUGCUCACAAUUUGGAAAAGGUCAAAAAGACAUAGAAGAAAAAGGGGAAAAUUAUAAUCUCGAAAAAAUGGAGGUUGUACAAAAUGGCAAAGAACACCGAUUUUAGAAUCUUAGCCAUUCAGAUUUUCCCAGAACACUUUAAUGUCCAUCACCAAGAGAAUCCCCCGUACCCCAAUAUGCAUAUACAUUCAAAUGUUAUCAAAGUAGUAUCCCUGAUGUUGAUAAAACGUGACGAUGUUUGCUUGUGAUACUCUACAUGUCAUUUAAGACAAGAGCUCGUAUCUCUGAUUUUGGCUACUCAAUUGAGCUGAUGCUUUAGAGCAUGAUUUUGGCUACUCAAUUGAGCUGAUGCUUUUGAACAUUAAUUUGGCUACUGAAUUGAGCUGAUGCUUUUGAACAUGAUUUUGGCUACUGAAUUGAGGUGAUGCUUUAGAGCAUGAUUUUGGCUACUCAAUUGAGCUGAUGCUUUAGAACAUGAUUUUGGCUACUCAAUUGAGCUGAAGCUUUAGAACAUGAUUUUGGCUACUCAAGUGAGCUGAUGCUUUAGAACAUGAUUUUGGCUACUCAAGUGAGCUGAUGCUUUAGAACAUGAUUUUGGCUACUCAAGUGAGCUGAUGCUUUAGAACAAGAUUUUGGCUGCUCAAAUGAGGUGAUGAUUUA